AAAAAAAUGGAUUUAUUUAUUUAUUUAUUUAUUUAUUUCAUAAAAUCAUAAAAAAGGAAAAAAGAGCAUCUCUGUCCUAUAGAUUGCUUCUUCUUCGUAUUAGAUUGAUUGAAAGAUCACAACUUUAAACUCACUCACUCACUCUUUUCUCUCUCUUCUUCUUCUUCUUCUUCUUCUUCUUCUUCAAUCCCUCAUUUCUUUGGGCUUUCACUUUGGAGGUCCUAGAAUAACAUGGCUUCUGUCGCAACAGCUGAAGUAUGCGAUGCUAACACACAUCUAAUCCAGAGUGGUGAGUUACGAGCCUUACAGCCAAUCUUUCAGAUAUAUGGACGCCGUCAAGUCUUCAGCGGACCAAUAGUAACCGUCAAGGUAUUCGAGGACAACGUUUUGAUUCGUGAUUUUCUCGAGGAGAAAGGUAACGGUAGAGUUCUUGUUGUGGAUGGUGGAGGGAGUUUAAGAUGCGCCAUAUUGGGAGGUAACCCGGUACAGCAAGCACAGAACAACGGGUGGUCAGGAAUAGUUGUGAAUGGUUGUAUCAGAGACGUUGAUGAAAUCAACGGAUGUGAUAUUGGUGUUCGGGCUUUGGCUUCUCAUCCUAUGAAGGCGAACAAGAAAGGUUUAGGGGAGAAGAAUGUGCCAGUAACGGUUGCUGGAACGAGGAUUAGUGAUGGUGAAUGGCUUUAUGCUGAUACUGAUGGGAUUCUGAUUUCAAGGUCUGAACCUUCUGUUUGAUCUUUAUGGUUGUGCUAAUUCUGGUGUAAUUGUGUUAUUGAAAUAUGUUGAUUGUGAGUUUAUUUUUUGAUUUGGAUCUAUAAACAGCUUAUAAUGUACUACCAAUUUUUCUGAGUCUGCAAUAAUGAAAUGUAUGUUAUGUAAUUUUAAA